CAAUGAUUUCCAUGCACAGAGUACUAUAAUUAAGACACUACGCAGUAGCGGUUCAGAAUACAGCAGCUCACCUUUGUUGGGCAGUCACCGCAGCAGCAGAGCCUCUGGCCACACUCGCCUCUCCAACAAGAGAAGAAUGCAGCGCCAAUCCCUGGGAUCGCCUGGCGCUUCCGGAGGAGAUGGGAAGGAGGAGAAACGGAGGAGCAUUAUCGGCGCCGCUGGAUCUGCGGUUACGGCGCCGCCCGAGAAGCCGGAGGCGGCUUUCGAUGCGGACAAGCUGAUCCGGACGAGCACCAGGGCGGACAGGUCCAUCCAUCUCAUCCCCGUCUUCACCAUCCUCUGCCUCGUCGUCCUCUACUUCUUCUCCCACGAACCCACCCACGCAGAUCUUCAAACCUUCAGCGGCCCCGCCCUCCGCUUCGACACCAGAGAUGCGGUUUCGGGGACGGAGAGGGGAGGCGUAACGUCAGCAGCGAUUCACGAGAGCCAUCGGGGAAUGAAGGCAUCGGCGGCAGCGAGACGGCUGCGCCACCGAAAGCUUAAGAGCACCUAGCUCUCCCCCCCCCGCCACGUGCUGCGCACGUGGCUGGUUCCUUUGGGGAUUAGCUGAAGCUUUAUCUUAAUUGAUUAGCUGGUUAAGAGCGGAUUUUCCCACAAAUGUCUGAUAAGGAAGCACUAAUCGUAAUUAGUGCUUUCUAUCUCUUCUUUUCCCUUUCUUUUUCUGGUUUGAUUUCCCCAAGCUUGGAGCAGAGGAUUUCGUCUUAACCAGCCAGCUAAAAAGAUAGCGCAUAUCUCGAGGAAUCCGCAAAAGAAAUAAAAUGGGCAGUUGCUAUUAAUCCUCUGUUCA